AUGUUCAUGAGAAUCGAAUCGGAAGCAAAAACUUUAAUUAUAAAACAUUAAAGCCAGCAAAUAAAUACAUCGAUAAAACAUAAUUAAAACCCUGGAACGUUAUUGAAUAUUUUUAUGUUUUCAAUUAAAUUUCAAUGUCCGAUUGUUCCGCGUAGUGCAAUAAAUUCGGUCUAUAAAUCGGGCGUUAGUGAAACUGAGUUUUAGUGGUAGAUCUGAAAUCGCUCAUGAUGGACAAAAGUUUCAUUUUUUUACUAGCAGCUUUCGUUUGCUCGGUUGGAUCAGCCCACAUUCCUACUAUUCCAUGUCCAAAUUAUUUCAGAUACGUUUCUGAUCCUUAUCAGAACAUUGAAGGACUCAUACUCGUUCCUUACUAUCAAACUCCUGAACUUCUGCUCGCUGUGAACGCGUCAAUGAAAGGAUUUUUCGGACAGGAAAACUCUAACAUGCAGCUGACGAUGCUGACUACUGCAACCGAUCUAAUUCAGGGCUUAUCGACGAUUGUUAAAUAUAAGCUGCAGUUUCCGGUUCAAGACUCAAUUCCUCAAAUAACCAGCAUAAUUUUCAACGGUCAACAAUUCUGUACUGGACCACCAGUCCCAAUGGAGGCUCCAAACCCAUAUAUGCCGGGCUCAUCAUCUGCGGUUACAAAUAUGUACGCAACGCACACAUCUAGAUUUGCCCCCGUUCAGCCCCAAUAAUCGGGGCUAAAAGAAGGAAAAAUCAUAAUAAAAAUUUCAAAUGAA